GAGAGAGAGGGAGAGAGAGAGAGAGAGAGAGGGAGAAAGAGAAAAAAGAUCACAAAAGCAUUUAUUAGCAUCAACGACCCACCUGACCAUUAAAAAGAGCUAAAUCCCCAUAGAAUAAAUAUUCUCCCACUUCUUUCCUAACAUUACGUGUGCGUUUUACCGUGUAAUUAAUAUAUAUAACACCGAAAAAGAAGCAAAAAUCCUGAAGGGUAUUUAUAGAACGCGAGGAAUUAACGUUUUACAAGCACACUGUCUCGGACCCUCAACCCCAUGGGGAGUGAAAUCCAUGAAUUUUAUUAUCCGGAGGUACAGUGAGGAUACUAUAACCCCUGUGAUGGAUCCUAUAAGUUCAUGAAGUGCAAUUAAGAUAAUCUGUAGUUAAUUCGUAUGGGGUAAGACUAUUAAGGUGUCUGGAUACGUGUGUGGCAGCUCAGCAGCAGAUCUUGAAGCGAGAUGUUGAAAACAACAAUUUUCGGUGCCUUCGUCCUGUGUUCGUCUUUCGCUUUUUGGUUGGGUCUCUUCAGACUAAGCUACCACCUCCUAGACAGCUACUUUCAGAGGAAAAAAUGGCAAAUGUCGCAUCACCAUAUUAUGAACAUGUGCGAGGCGAUUGUUUCAGGCGCUCAGGCAAUAGCAUCAUCUGUGUGUGGUGUGGUGGUGGUGCUGUCAUGCUACCAUGAUGUGAUGUGGGCUGUCCACCCUCUGGCUUCAGACUAUGGCUUGGCAGCUUCAAGUUACUUUAUAUAUGAUACUGUUGCUAUGUACGAGGUCUACUUAUCAAGCUUACCAGAAGUGCCUGAAACUUUCAUCAAACGUGUUAAGGGAUUUGUAAAGAAGAGAACUUUACUUGUGCUGCAUCAUGUAGGGGUGUCUGCAUUUCUUUUUCCAGUGCUGGUGUAUCGAAGUGGUAUUGGCGACUUCUUUGUUGGGUGUUUCUUCUGUGUUGAGCUUAGUGGUCCCUUCACAAACAUGAGAGUUAUUCUUAGCAGACUUGGACUAAAAUAUUCAAGAUGGUACUUACUCAACGGAAUUGCCAUGAUUUUGUCUUUUGCGCUCUGCCGAGUGGUGGUAUUUCCCUACAUGUACCUAGCAUAUGGGGCACAGUAUGGCCUAAGCAUUUUAGAAGUUGUGAAGAAAAUUCCUCUUCAUUGUAAUUUGGGCUGCCUUUUGGUUCUAAUACCUCAGUUGCAUUGGCUGAGGCUCAUGAUACUAGGAGCUAUUAAAAUGUUCUCCGGGAAAAAGUUGUCUGAAGCUGAAGAAAAGAUUGAUUAAAUAUAAUGUAUGGUAAUGCAUUUUGCAGAUUAUGCUCGCUGCAUUUUUGUAUGGAACGUGUAAGUUAUUGAUUGCUGCUCAAAAGUAGUUGUGAAAGAGUGUUCUCAUAAUAAUGAAAAUAUAUGAUCAUGUGUUUUGUUCUUUAUCAGUGAGAGGACUCAGGUUUGAAAAAUGUUAGGUAUUUUUUAAUCUUAUUUAAACUAGCAUUCACAUAUGAAUGUUUUACUUCACUGUGUACAUGUUGCAGAUUUGUAUUUAUUUUGUACAAGCUUGUAAAGUAGACAUAAAAACUGAACAAACAUUGGAAUUUAUACUGUGAGAUUUUAGAAUUAAUAGCACAUAAUAACAAACAUCAUUGAAUCAAACUAACAUAUUGAAAUUGUAUAUACUUUUGCAAACUUAAUUUAAUGUAAUAAACAUGGCAACUCAGGGCAAUUUAGAAAAAUAUUUUUAUAAAACAGAAGUGUGCUUAUGACCUUUAUUUAAAAAGGUUGAAAAGCAAUAGAUGUUAUAAGGUAAUUAUAAACUUAUAAACAUUUUUGUAAAUAAUUCUUAAAUAUAUUACAAUUUCAUAUUUC